UCGCGCAACAAGUCCAUGCAUACGGCCACCAACUACUACCUGUUCAGUCUGGCGAUCUCCGAUCUGCUGCUGCUGCUUACCGGAGUGCCGCAGGAGCUGUACUUCAUCUGGCACCGGUUUCCGUACCCCUUCGGCAACGGCGUCUGCAUCAUGGCAAGCUUCGCGGCCGAGACGUCGGCUAACGCGACCGUACUCACGAUCACGGCGUUCACGGUGGAAAGGUACGUAGCCAUCUGCAAGCCCUUCCUGUCGCACACGAUGUCGAGGUUGUCGCGUGCCGUCCGCUUGGUGCUGGUCAUCUGGCUGAUCGCUAUGGGCCUCGCGAUACCACAGGCCCUGGCGAUGCAGAUCGAUGACGAGUUUCUCACCUGCACCGUACGUCACGACCACGCCCGGCAUGUUUUCUUCAUCUCGACCAUGCUGGUGUUUGUGUCGCCGAUGAGUGUGAUCAUCGUGCUGUACAUUUUGAUUGGACUGCAGCUACGUCGCUCGAAGUUCAUCCACAGCCGCAGCAUGCACCGAGGUUCGAGUGUCCGACUGAAGCGCAGCUUCUUGAGGACCCAUUCUCACCGCACGGCGGUAACCACCACGCUAGCAUCGUCGCUGCAGGAGUUAACGAUGCAGGAGUCGGUUACCAUCAACCGUGGACAACGUGGACAACGUGGGCCAGCGUUUCCGAUGGACCUGGAGGAUGGCCGGGUCCACUUGGCCGCCAACCGGACGCAGGACAACGGUAUCCGGCACGUGGUGAAAAUGUUGGUGGCCGUCGUGAUUGCAUUCUUCCUGUGCUGGGCUCCGUUCCACGCGCAACGCCUGUUCGCGGUGUACGCCAACGAGCAGAGCGAGGACGAUACUAUCCGCCAGGCGUUCGACGUGCUGACGUACGUGUCGGGGAUCCUGUACUUCCUGUCGACCUGCAUCAACCCGGUGCUGUACAACAUCAUGAGCCACAAGUUUCGCGAGGCGUUCAAGGAAACGUUGGCCCACUACCUCUAUCGCCGUCCCAGCCACCAGCUGAGCGAGGAUCUGUUCUUCCGGAACGCAUCGUGGCGGUCGCACACCAACUACUCCCACUGCUUGACCACCUACUCGCUGCCGCCGUGUGCCUGCAGCACGCAGUUCCUGCUUCCUGGACGCUCGGCGGCCCUACAGCGACGGCCGCUGGUCGUCUCGUUCCGGCGCCAGAAGUUCGCCUCGCUACAGUAUCACGCUCGGCCGGGCACAUCAUCGAGGUGUGCCGGAGCGCUGGCCCCGAGGACGAACCGCAGCCGCACGGACACUCGGCUGGGCCGCUCGUUCGAUGUCAUCCCGCUGGUGGCACGAUCGUCCGGCUCGAUGAACCUUGCACCUCGACCGCAGCGUUACGACGACGAUCCUUCGACACGCUCGGACGUGCGUGCAACCUCAACCGAGUCCAUCGUCCAUUCCGACCGGUCCGAUGCGCCCGCCGGUCCCGUAUGUGCGGAGUGCGGAGUCCACCACCCUGCGCACUGCCGGUACUCUACCCCGGUGACGGGAGCUUUACGAAAGCUUUCGACAUCGACACCGGCACCGACUACCAAAAAGCUACCACCAGGCUCGUUACGAGCCUCCUGGGCGGACGCUUGCGGAAGUUCGGCCCGGGCGAAGCUUCCAAUGCAUCCGUCGGUCCGUCGGAGCCAAAGCCUGUCGGUGGACGUCGGACGUUCGGCGCUGGUCGACGACGACACGACGGCACGGCACGAACCGACCAAUAGCCGAAGAUGCCGGCCGUAG